CCAUAUUUAUUCAAAACUGAUGAUGAUUUGAUUGUUGAUUCACUUCUCAUCUCAUCUAUUGGACAAUUAUUGACAACAAAUAAUCGAAAUGCUAGUUCAUAUAUAUCAAAAUAUCGUCCUACACUUGUUUCAGAAGUUUUAUCGAUGAAUCGAACAACAUUAUUUCGUGAUGCUUGGUUAAUGGGUGGUACCGAAACAUUACGUGGAGGAAAGUUUGCUGUUAGUCAUUAUGCGUGGCCGCACCCAACUCUUCCACACUACUGUUCAGGUUUGGGUUGGUUUAUGUCAAAAGAUGUACGGAAUAGACUAGUAACUGCAUCAUAUACUUAUCCAGUGAAUAAAACAGUAUGGAUAGGUGAUGUAUUUGUAUCAGGAUUUUUAGCCAAAGCUGCAGGAGUGAAAUGCGAAAGCAUUACAAUUGAUUACGAACAAAUAUAUUCAGGGAAUUGCUCGUGUGUCAUGGCGCAGCAUCCAUUGUUAGCUGUUUGUUCAUCGACAUUGCAUGGUCACCGUGUAAGUAAUGAAUCAGCAAAAUUUGGCGAAUAUGAAAAGGCUUGGAAAGUUAUUCAGGAACGACACAAUAUUGUAAAUAAUAAUAAGACUACUUUAGAUAUCAAGGAUUGCUAA